AUGGAAAUUCCCGCUUGGAAGUGGGAAAUAAUUAACAUAGAUUUCAUUACAGAAUUAUCGCGCACCCUACACAGGUAUGAUUCUAUUUGGUUUAUUGUUGACGGAUUGACGAAAUCAGCCCAUUUUCUUCCUGUUAGGACUACGUAUUCGGGUGGGGAUUAUGCUAGAUUGUAUAUUAAGGAGAUAGUAAGACUGCACAGGGUUCCUAUAUCUAUUAUAACCGACAGAGGUGCCCAGUUUAUGACUAACUUCUGGAGGUCGUUCCAGGAAGGAUUAGGGACUCAGCAAGCAGUUGAUAAAGUGAAGCUUAUUCAGGAGCGGUUAGUGGCUACCCAGAGUCGACAGAAAUCAUAUGCAGAUAAGCCACGUCGACCACUAGAGUUUCAGAUUGGCGAUUGGGUAUUUCUAAAGGUGUCGCCUAUGAAGGGUGUGAUGAGGUUCGGCAAAAAGGGUAAGCUUAGUCCGCGAUUUUGGAGGAAACGGAAUUUGAGUUUGAGUGAGCGUAAAAAGCGGCUAAGUACAUAUUUUAUACUGACUCCCCUUUCUUCGGGGGCUGCAUUUCAUGCCCGCAGAUAUCAAUUGCUCAUGGUGAUCAAGAUAAAACUACUUUCUGAUGUCCUCAAGGAUGUAAAGUUUGAAUUUUCAGAUGAUUGUAGGAAAGCAUUUGAUAUACUCAAGGAACAACUAUCGAAUGCUCCAAUAGUUGUCUCCCUCAAUUGGAAUCAACCUUUUGAAAUUAUGUGUGAUGCAAGUGCUACAGCAGUUGGAGCUAUAUUGGGACAAAAAAGAGACAAAAUUUUCAGACCUAUUUACUACGCCAGUAGAACCCUCAAUGAAGCUCAAAAGAAUUAUGCAACAAUCGAGAAGGAAUUAUUGGCAGUAGCAUUUGCAUUUGAUAAAUUUCGUUCUAGUAUUUACUGA